AUGAUGACUGCCAAGAUGAAUCUGGAAGAAUUGGUGAAUCACAAUGGAAGUCAAGGGGAAAGGACAAGAAGUAUUGAUAGAAGUUGCAACACAGCAUCCACCUCAAAUAACAGAACAAGAGACAGGCACUCAUACAAUUCUUGCAGCUGCGGCCAUCCGGAAGACUACGGAGUUAUGGACAGCUGUUUCUUACCAACAGCUAGAUCUGGCAGACAGAUGAAGAUAGCAAGAAAAUUAGGAGUUGAGAAACCCAGGGUGCAGUACCACAGAUGCUAUACUUUGGAUAGCUUUAUAGUGUCAAAAGGAAACCGUGCUGGUUGUACACAGAAAAAUGUUAUCCCAAAGCAAGUAUGGGAGCCUAUGGAUGCUCGAAGGAAAACUAACUUACACAACACAGUUCAUGAUUCAGGUUCAAUUAACAAUGUUGAUCCACUGAAACGUGUGGUUUUUUAUAACAGCGGAUCUCAAAAGUUCGGUGUAGGAUGUGAAUUACAGCCUCAGGCUUCUGAAAGUUCCAGGGAUGUUUGUAAUUCAGAUCAACAAUGUGCAAAUGGUGGGAGAAAUCAAACUACUUCCUGUGCUAGUACUCCUGUGGUGAAUAAACAAAAUUGUUACUCAGAAAAUGAUGAAGGCUCCAGGCAUGAUGAAGAGCUGAUGACGAACUCUGCUGGUUCUGAUAGCUCCUCUUCAUGUAUGAGCGAGGGAGAUAGGGAAAGCAACUCCAGCAGUACAACCUCUUCGAGCGCUCAAAAUCCGGAAUCGUCUUCUGAGUCUGAGGAAUCACCCGAGAGAAUAAACAGCAAAGCAGGUACACCGUCAUCAAGAGCUGCUUCACGGUCUUUGCUUGAAGCAUGUGCAGGGAAUGGUUUCAGAGAAUACCAACCAAAAGCCACCCGCCCAGCACACAAUGACAUGUUUGGGUACAGUGUAUCCCCUGUCCAGGACCAGCUGCUGCAUUACCAAAGCAUGCAUGCACGUCAACAUCCGCCAAUAACAAUGGGGUUUCAUGACCAUUCUUGGGCCGCACCAACGAAUGGAAACUUCCAGUAUGCUCAGCCAUCCCACUUAUAUUCUAGUCCGCUCGCAUUCGGAAUACCUGGGAAUCAUUUUAUUGAUUAUCCUUACAUGGCUCCUGCCUUCAGCCAUAUACUUUCAGAGCCUAUUCACAAGGCCGCAGCCAGCUUUAGAGCCAUGCCUCUGUCACCGCCUUUUCAAAACGGACAUCGGCAGGUUGCUGGUCAUACUCAGAGAGACAUGAAUAUAGAGAGGCACCCUUCAAAGUUGACUAUGCCGACAGGCAAGGAUCCUCCCAGAAGACAAGAACAAAUCGGGCCUAAAGGAUCUCCCAGAAGACAAGAACAAACCAUGGGAUGCAGAUGCAUCCUUUUCUCUGUUCCAAUUCAGCUUGCCAAUAGCUUCGCCGGUAACACCAUCAUCGAAAGAUAA